AUGUUUCACAGACAGAAAAAUACAUUAAGGACUGUGAAAUACAUUUUAAGGCUAAUAUAAGUUGCAGUUGAAUAAUAAACAGAAUUCACACUAUAAAAACAUUGUGGUUGAAGUUCUCCUCUAAAAUAAUGCGGUUACUGAAACGAGGUCGACUGUCCCUGCUAUUUGGGCUCACUCUUGUCCUGGGAUCAGUGUGGAUGCUUUCUCUACUCAAUGAACUGAGAACAGACGGGAGUCUUACCUACAGCUGGUGGGAGUAUACAGAUGUCGAUGGCGGUCCGGAGAAACAGUGCAACUGUUCUGCAAUCCUACAGGGAGAGACAGAGGCACUGGAAGAGGCCAAAUUACUGACUCUCAGUGAAGACUUCCGGAAGAGUGUUGAGAUCCCUGAUGAGUAUUACAAUAAUGCAGCCAAAGACUGCAGGAACUUCAAGUUAAGCAGGAAAUACUUCACAUUCCCAUUAAGCAAGGAAGAAGAGGAGUUUCCUCUGGCUUUCUCUAUGGUGGUCCAUCACAAGGUGCAGAAUUUUGAGCGACUACUGCGAGCUAUUUAUGCACCUCAAAAUAUUUAUUGUGUCCAUGUGGACAAAAAAUCAGAGACCUCAGUCUUUGCUGCCAUCAUGGCCAUCACCUCCUGUUUUCCGAACGUCUUCAUGGUCAGACGGCCUGUCAGUGUGGUCUAUGCUGCCUGGCCACGAGUCCAGGCUGACCUUAACUGUAUGGCUGAUCUUUAUAAUGCCAGCACAGAAUGGAAAUACUUCAUCAACGUUUGUGGCCAGGAUUUCCCUCUGAAAACCAAUUUGGAGAUGGUACGGAUGUUGUGUUCAUUGAAGGGCCGGAACAGCAUGGAGUCAGAACAAAUGCCAGCUGAAAAGAAAUGGAGGGUGACAAAUGUUCACCAGCUAGUUAAUGGGCAAAUUCAGGGGAUAGGAAAGCAAAAGGAGCCACCACCCUUCAACCUGCCCAUUUUCUCAGGAAAUGCCUACAUUGUGGUCAGUCGAGGUUACAUCCGCAGUGUGUUGGAAGAUGAUCGAAUACAGACAUUGAUAGAGUGGGCCAAAGACACCUACAGUCCUGAUGAGUUUCUCUGGGCAACCAUUCAACGAAUCCCUGGUGUUCCUGGCUCAACGAGGCCAAAUCGUAAAUACGACAUGACAGAUAUGAAUGCAGUUGCUCGACUGGUGAAGUGGCAGGGCCAUGAGGGUCCUCAGGAUUCCCUGGAUGCAGUGUAUUCAGAAUGUCAUGGUAACCAUGUGAGGGAAAUAUGUGUGUAUGGUGCUGGAGACCUGCGAUGGAUCAUUGCUCAGCAUCACCUCUUUGCCAACAAGUUCGACAUCGACACAGAUCCCAUUGCCAUCUACUGCUUGGAGAAAUAUCUGAGACAAAAGGUGCUGGCUGAGUUACAUUAGGUGGAGAUUUUUGUGUCAACUCAGAAUGAGUCAGGGAAGGGGGUGCUUGGCCCGUAACAAUGUUUAAGUGGGUGGUGCAUGCCAAAGUAGCAGGAACCAAUGUUUCCCAACACAAAACUGCAGUGUAAAAAGACAAUUAUUCAAUUCACUCAACGGUGGGCAGACAGUAUAUUUUACUUGUAUAAAGAUUGUAAUCAUCCACCAUGUACACAACUUUUUAAGGAUAUGCUGUUAGUUAUUAAGUUGGAGAAGAUUAGAUAUGCUCUUAGUUUCCAAGGUUACACUGACAUGGCAAUCUUUCCUUAGUUGUGUUGAUGUUUUAGGUUCUGAUAAUGUGAUAACCAGUGUGGAGUUUGUCUUUGGUAUAUAUGUAUUUAUGUGUAAUAACAGUUUUGGAACAAGAGAAUCACUGAUAUGUUAGUGCCUGAGAUAAUAGGGUGCAUUGUUCUGGCCUCCUGACACCUUCCUUUUUUUCUU